AAAAUUAAAAGUUAAAACAUUAAAAAUUGAGUGAGUUGAGACUUGAGAGCUGAUCAUAAGAGUGUAGAUGAAUGCGUCAAAGUUUUUGGACAAGCAGAUUAUGGAUUUAUCUCGAUCCAAAAGCACUGAUCUCAACAAUAACAAUCCCAACGAUUUCAUGGAUCUGAUGAAUCCUCAGUCCGAAGAAGAAUCUGAUAAUGGCGGAUCAUCAUCGAAGAACAACAAGGAUUAUAUUUUGCCCAGUUACGAUUUUCAGCCAAUUCAUCGAUCUGCAGCUUCUCUUCAGUUGGAUUCUCCUAAUACUACUCCUAGUCCUGCCGCUGCUGUUAGGUCUUGGAAUUCUGUUGAUUCUAAACCUAAUUCUUCCCCUCUUAGAAGCUACAAUUCCUUGGAUCAUGUUGAGACUGACAAAAUAAUACUGGAGAAAGCUCAGAAUCUGAAUGAUUCAGCAAUGCUGUCAGAGAUUGAUCGAACGAUGAAGACCUAUAUAAAUAGUGUGCUUCAUGCUAUUGAUAGUCUUGGUGGACGGUUAUCCCAGCUGGACAGCAGAACACACCAUCUUGAGCAUUCUGUGGAUGAGCUGAAGGUAUCAAUUGGAAAUAAUCAUGGAAGUGCUGAUGGAAAAAUGCGACAGCUGGAGAACAUUCUCUUAGAGGUGCAAACUAGUGUGCAGGAUUUGAAGGACAAGCAAGAGGUCAUGGAGGGCCAUAUGCAACUAGCAAAACUACAAAUUUCUAAAGCAGAGCAGUCAUCUGAAAUCUCGAAUACCAUCCAUCAAGAUAAGCAAGCUGCAGCUUCUGCUCCUCAGCAGUCUGGAUUCCAGCAGUUCUCUGCCGCUCUCCAGCAAGUUCCUUCUAUCUUGCCUAAUGCUCCUCCCAAUGUGCCUCCACCACCGCAGCAGAGCAUUCAUCCGUCCCACGCGACAACUCAAUUUCACCCCGGCCAUGUACCAUCUGGGCCCCAGCAAGAUGGUUAUUUCUCACUGCCUAGCCAGACUCCAGAAUUAUCAAGCCAACCAUAUCAAAUGCCACCUCAAACUCAACCCCCGCAACAAACCCCUGCCCUUGCUCCACCACCUCAACAAUAUCCAUCAAACCCAACCCCAUCCUAUCCUCAACCGCCCCAGCCUCCUCAGCAACUGCAGCAUCCUGCUGCUAUUGGUGCUAAUGCUCCACAGUUUUCACCAUCAUUGAGUCAUCGCCCAGAGGAAGGCUAUAUACCACCACAAACUUAUCCUUCGAAUCUCCAUCAGCCUGCUGCCCAACCAGGCAGUACACCACCUCACUCCCAGCAAUACUAUGGAAGCCCUCCAUCCAUGUAUGAGCCACCACCAGCUAGCAGAAACACUUCCGGGCCUUCAUCGGUAUAUGUUCCCCCUUCAGGGCUGCCUGGUGAAUACACUUAUGGUGGCCCUGCUCCACACUAUGGAAGUGACUCAUCUGUAAAGUUGCAGCCACACUCUCCAGUGAGUAGCAGCAAUUAUUCUCAUCUGCCAACCGCUAAAAUUCUCCCUCCUGCUAUUCCUACAGCUUCUGCAAUUGGCGGGGGAUCAGGUUCUGGGGGAAGUGGAAACAGGGUUCCAAUUGAUGAUGUUAUCGAUAAGGUGACUACUAUGGGAUUUCCUAGGGACCAUGUAAGGGCAACCGUUCGCAGACUAACAGAGAAUGGUCAGUCAGUCGAUUUAAAUGUUGUGCUUGAUAAAUUAAUGAAUGAUGGGGAGAUACAACCGCCUAAGGGCUGGUUUGGCCGGUGAUGAAGAUAGUUGGAAGACUUCUUUUAUAUAGAUGGCUGUGAUGAACAUUUAUCCAUCGUUUUCUUUCGUGUCUUGAAAUGAUGUCUUGUAAUUGUGUUAAUGGUACGUAAUAAUGUUUUUACUCAUAUUUUUGUAAUGUUAAUUGAUUGCUGCUGUUUGAUUUUGCAAGCAUUUAUAAAUUGGAGAGGGUAGUUAAGAUUGAUUUUUUAUUA